UCGGUCCGAGACCACCGUCCUCCCGUCCCGGAACCGCGAGUCGAGAGAGAGGUAGAGAGCGGGAGGGAAACCCUAGCAGUGGUAGGAGGUUUUACCGGGGCCUCGCGCGCGCACCGGUGGCGAUGUCGAUGGCGGAGGCGGUGGGGAGUACGGGCGGCGGUUCCGGGAGCGAAGACAGCGUCGGCGACGGCGGGGCCGCAAGAGCGACGCCGCUCGCCAUCUGCUCGGACGUGUUCGAGCGGCUCGUCGCCGGCGGGCACGCGGAGGAGGCGUCCCGCUCCGACUCCCUCCUCGCGCUCCAGGCCCACUUCGCCCAGCUUCCCAUCAGUUAUCAUCUGUAUGUGGAUGCCGGGAAAGCAGAGUAUGUGUUAAUCCAUCAGAAGGUUUUGGCAGAAGCAAAGGCCGAUAGGUCUCGCCCAGCAGUCCAUGCCCACUACCUCAGGUUUGAAGAGCUAUAUGUGGACACGGCAACUACCUCUGGUGCACGCGAACAAGGGGGUGAUGCUGGUGAUGCUCUUCCUACCAGGAUAUGGAGAUCGCGUACACAAAUUCACGAGAUAGUCUUUUCAUCUAUUGACAGGCCCAGGCUCCUUAUUAAGCUGUCUACAUUGCUUUCUGAGAAUGGACUGAACAUCAGAGAAGCGCAUGUUUUCUCAACAAAAGAUGGCUAUUCAAUUGAUGUUUUUGUAGUUGAUGGUUGGCCUGUUGAGGAUACAGUGGGCUUGCUUACCGUGCUAGAGGACUCAAUUUCAAGAAACAUGGUUUCAUGGUUUGGCUUGGAGUCCUUAAGUGUACAACCAUUCAGUGCAGGAGAUUGUGAAUCGGAUAUUGACAUAACACUUCUGAGCAUAAUAAAGAAGCUCGCUUCUGGAUCGUGUGGACAUACGUUUCUUGGAACUUAUGGUGGUGAGGAGGUUUCUGUUAAAGUUCUAAGAUCUGCGGAUGCGACUCAGAUUCUUUGGAAAGAAUUUAAGCAAGAAAUCCUCAUGUUAAGGGAAGUUUAUCAUGCCAAUAUUAUUCGAUCGAUUGGUUCAUGCAUAAAACCACCUCACUUUUACAUAAUUACAGAAUACAUGUCUGGAGGAAGCCUAUUUGAUUUCUUGCAUAAUAAGCAUAAUGUCCUGGAUCUCCCAAUGAUUCUGAAGUUCGCACUUGACAUAUGCCGAGGGAUGGCUUACUUGCAUCAGAAGGGCAUUAUUCAUAGGGAUUUAAAGUCUGCAAACCUUUUAAUGGAUAAAGAUCAUGUUGUGAAAGUGGCAGAUUUCGGACUUUCUCGUUACCAGGAUCGAGAGGGUGUUAUGACUGCUGAAACUGGAACGUACAGAUGGAUGGCUCCUGAGGUUAUGAAGCACCAGCAAUAUGGCCCAGCUGCAGAUGUUUACAGUUUUGCUAUUGUACUUUGGGAGCUAAUGACAUCCAAGAUGCCAUAUGAUACCAUAAACCCCAUCCAAGCAGCUUUUAAUGUGUGGCAGGGAAUGCGUCCGCAGAUUCCAAAAAAUGCACAUCCCAGGCUAUUAACCCUGAUGCAGAGAUGUUGGGAUGCCUCCCCAUCUAAAUGCCCACCAUUCUCAGAUGCAAUUGCUGAACUAGAGGAUAUUAAGGCAGAGGUUCAGGGAGCAACAUCAGGGCAGACGAGCCAGGGCGAAAAGAGGCCGUCCAAGACACGGAAGCUGGACCCCUCCGAUCCUACUGUUUGACGGUUCCUCUAGUUUCCUGACCGGUUGAGUUAGGAUUGCUGACAUUAGAGAAAGUGUAGCAUCUCAUCUUCGGCCUCGAUCUGUCGUUGCUUCUCGGAGCCGGAUUUCUCGGUCUUGUUCUCAUUUUUCCUCACGGUCUUGGUCUCAUUUAGU